AUCUGUAGUUUGGUUCUUUGACAUUGAAUGUAAUCCAAUGAGACACAAAGCUCUUAAUUGUCUUCCAGGAUGAAGCGAUCCACGUUCCUGCUGCUGUUGGCCGUCGCUCUGAGCGCCUGCCGGGCUCAGCCCGACGCCGGAGGCGAGGAGGCGGCCGGCGAGGACGAGCACGUGGAGCUCUUCACCACGCCCGCCGCCAAGAUGGCCGCCGCCACCUCAAACUUUGGCUACAAUCUGUUCCGCGCCAUGGCGAGCCGCGAUGCCGGCGCCAACGUCUUCCUGGCCCCCAUCAGCGUGUCGGCGGCGCUGACGCAGCUCUCCAUGGGGGGGUCUGAGCAGGCUCAAAGGCAGCUGUUCAGGGCCCUGAGGUACCACAGCCUCCAGGACCCUCAGCUCCACAACACCCUGAAAGACCUGCUGGUCUCCGUCAGGACGCCUGGAAAAGGCCUGAGCACGGCCGCUCGCAUCUACAUGGCAAGACGACGUGUGAAGCAGGACUUCCUCUCGCUCGUGGAGCAGCAGUACGGAGUCCGUCCAAAGGUGCUGCAGGGAGGGAACAAAGACGUGAAGGAAAUCAACGACUGGGUGGCUCGGGAGACCAGCGGGAAGGUGCAGCGCCUCCUGGAAAAGCCCCUACCCUCGAACUCCGGGGUGAACCUCGUGAGCGCCGCUUACUUCAAAGGGAAGUGGGUGACUCGCUUCGGUCAGAGCGGCGCCAUGGAGAACUUCCAGGUGGAUGGCGGGGCACCCGUCCGCGUUCCCAUGAUGCAACAGGACAACUACCCGGUGAAGAUUGGCGUGGACUCAGAUCUGAGCUGCACGAUUGCUCAGAUUCCGAUGCAGGACGGCGUCAGCAUGUUCGUCUUCCUGCCAGAUGACGUGACCUCCAACACGACCCUGCUGGAGGAGAGUCUAACUGCUGAGUUUGUCCAAGACCUCUCCAUGACGCUGCACCCUGCUCAAGUGUCCCUCUCUCUGCCGGACCUGAAGCUCAGCUACUCCACCGACCUGCUGCCGCUGCUGGGCGACCUGGGUCUGUCUGAAUGGCUAGCCAACACGGACCUGGGAAAGAUCUCAAAUCAGCGCCUCAAGCUCAGCAGCGUCAAACACAAGGUUGUCAUGGAGACGGCGCCCGAGGGCAACAAGUACCCAGGUGCCGCCUCAGUGACUCACCUGUCCUACCGGGUGGACCGGCCCUUCCUCUACCUGAUCCGGGAUGAGGGGUCGGGGGCUGUGCUCUUCAUCGGCAGGGUGGUCAACCCCAAGGACCUGACCAUAUAACACAACCAGUAACCCAACACCUCUACACGCCUGACCCCAACCCUGAACCCCUCCAUCAUACCUGUUCACGCAUGAACAUUAAAACCAAGUCUGAACACCCAAACAGACAUUUGAAGUGAGUGCCGAUAAAAACGUCCUCACGCUGAAGGUCUAAAUCGUGGUUCUACUCCAACACACUUCUCCUGACUACAACGCGUUGUUUGGCAUCAUCCUAACUGUCCAACAAACCUCAUUAGUCUGAACCCUCAAACAAGCCUUUGAAUCGAGGUCCGGUCAAAAUAUCCCUACUGGUCCUCGCACGGCUACAUGUACGAGUACACACACACACACACACACUCUUAGCAGGUCUAGGAGGGAUUUCAGGUGUUUGCUUUGCAUCUCUGGUGGCCGAUAUUAUGCAAGUGUAUUUGAGUUUUUAUCUUUUCUUUUAACACACAGAGAAUAAUCUGAGCAAGCAAAAGGGUUUUUUUUCUGAAAAAAAAGAAAAUAUGGUAAUUUGUGUCAGUAGCAAUAAAUCGAUAGUUAACGAAACA